GGGUGAAUCCUGGAUGCUCCUCUGAGCUUGGGGAGCAGGAGGAAAUAAAGAGCUGCUGCUGUAGGUUUCUGUUUUAUGGAAAAGCUGGUGUUAAGGUGUCUCAGAAGAGGCAGCUGCUACACCUUGUGCAUGAAACUGUGUGACAAAAUCAGUUCAGAAUUUAAUUUAAAGAUUACAACUCUUCCUCGGUUGAAGUGCUUUUACUUUGGCUUUGGUAACUUGAGCUUAAAUGGUUCUGAUUUGAUUUCACUGUACCUCCUAAGGGGCUUAUUCAAACUGAGUCAGCCUGUGCCUGUUUGGCUAAACCAUUAUCUAAACUCACUGCCUUGCAUAAAGAAGGCUUUAGGGAUCCCAAAAUAUGUUUGCUUUCCUAAUCCCUUGGAGGAUGCAGCAGGGUUCUUCAAGCACAAGUCUGCAGACCUACAGUUUGCUCUAGGUUGUAUGGUUGCACCCUGGAAAUGGGAUGUCAGUCCCAUUCAGGGAGCAUAAAGGAAGAAAGAAAAUCUCCCCGUUGCUGCCGCAGUGACAGCGAGUGAGAGCCCGAGCAGGAAGAUGUCGGCAGUCGCCUCAGCCAUCCAGGCUCCUCAGGGCCCCGUCAAUCCCCCGCCUCCAGAGGUGACAAAUCCCAACAAACCUGGCAGGAAAACCAACCAGCUGCAAUAUAUGCAAAAUGUUGUGGUGAAGACCUUGUGGAAACAUCAGUUUGCUUGGCCUUUCUACCAGCCUGUUGAUGCAAUUAAACUGAAUUUGCCGGAUUAUCACAAAAUAAUUAAAAACCCCAUGGACAUGGGGACGAUCAAGAAGCGCCUGGAGCACAACUAUUACUGGAGUGCCAGUGAAUGUAUGCAGGAUUUCAACACCAUGUUUACAAACUGUUACAUUUAUAACAAGCCCACAGAUGACAUUGUCCUCAUGGCCCAAGCCCUGGAGAAGAUAUUUCUGCAGAAGGUUGCCCAGAUGCCUCAGGAGGAGGUGGAGUUGCUACCCCCAGUUCCCAAAGGCAAAGGUCGCAAGCCCUCAGCGGGCACACAGAGCACAGGAGCGCAGCAAGCCGUGGCCGUGUCUUCCGUGUCCCCGCCGGCCCCGGUCGUCAAGAAAAAGGGAGUGAAGAGGAAAGCAGACACCACCACGCCCACCACGUCUGCCAUCACUGCCAGCAGGAGCGAGUCCCCCACGCCGCUGUCGGACCCCAAACAGGCCAAAAUCAUCGCGCGCAGGGAGAGCGGCGGCCGCCCCAUCAAGCCACCAAAGAAGGACCUGGAGGAUGGAGAGGUCCCUCAGCACGCAGGGAAGAAGGGCAAACUCUCUGAGCACCUCAAGUACUGUGACAGCAUCCUCAAGGAGAUGCUCUCCAAGAAGCAUGCAGCCUAUGCAUGGCCCUUUUACAAGCCCGUGGAUGCAGAGGCUUUGGAAUUACAUGACUAUCACGAUAUAAUCAAACACCCCAUGGAUCUCAGUACUGUGAAAAAAAAGAUGGACAGUCGGGAGUACCAGGAUGCACAAGGUUUCGCAGCAGAUAUUCGGUUAAUGUUCUCUAAUUGUUACAAGUACAAUCCUCCAGACCACGAGGUGGUGGCCAUGGCCAGGAAGCUCCAGGAUGUCUUUGAGAUGAGGUUUGCAAAAAUGCCCGAUGAGCCUGCAGAGGCCCCCCCUCCACCUCCCCCAACAGCCCCCGUGGUGAGCAAAAGCACAGAGAGCAGCCACAGCAGCGAGGAGAGCUCCUCCGACUCCGACAGCUCCGACUCCGAGGAGGAGCGGGCGACUCGGCUGGCCGAGCUCCAGGAGCAGCUGAAAGCCGUCCAUGAGCAGCUGGCUGCACUGUCCCAGGCGCCAGUGAACAAACCAAAGAAAAAAAAAGAGAAGAAGGAGAAAGAGAAGAAAAAGAAAGAUAAAGAGAAGGAAAAAGAAAAGCACAAAGUCAAAGCUGAGGAGGAGAAGAAACCCAAGGUGGCUCAACCACCAAAACAAGCCCAACAGAAGAAAGCCCCAGCUAAGAAAGCGAACAGCACAACCACAGCUAACAGGCAGCCCAAGAAAGGAGGCAAACAGGCAUCUGCAACCUACGACUCGGAUGAGGAGGAGGAAGGGCUGCCCAUGACCUACGACGAGAAGCGACAGCUCAGCCUGGACAUCAACCGCCUGCCCGGGGAGAAGCUGGGCAGGGUGGUUCACAUCAUCCAGUCCAGAGAACCCUCCCUCAGAGACUCCAAUCCCGACGAGAUUGAAAUAGAUUUUGAAACCUUGAAGCCCACAACGUUACGAGAACUGGAGAGAUACGUGAAAUCUUGUUUACAGAAAAAACAAAGGAAACCAUUUUCUGCCAGUGGCAAAAAGCAAGCAGCAAAGUCAAAAGAAGAGUUAGCUCAGGAAAAGAAGAAAGAACUAGAAAAACGGUUACAGGACGUCAGUGGGCAGCUAAACAACAACAAGAAGCCUGCAAAGAAAGAGAAAUCCGGCUCCACUCCCUCCGGAGGCCCCUCCCGGCUCAGCAGCAGCUCCUCCUCCGAGUCCGGGAGCAGCAGCUCCAGCGGCUCCAGCUCGGACAGCAGCGACUCGGAAUGAGCAGGGACACACGGACACACCCCCCAAACGGACACCCCUGCUCUGCAGUGUCCCCUCCCCUCCUUACCCCUGCUCUCGGGUGGUCAGGUUUUAUCCCCUCUCUCUUUUCUCUGACUUGUUUUUUUAUUUUAUUUUUUAACUCAGUGUUACAAAAGGUAUUUUCCUUUUUUUUUUUUUUUUUUGGGGGGGGGGGCUCUCUUUUAAUAGGUCAAAGAUCUUUGAGUGUGUGUGUGUGUGACUAGACUUUAUGACAAAUAGUUCCCUUUGCAUAAAGUCUCUAAAAUUUACAUUUAUCUGGAGAAAAUUGGUCGAAAAUGGAAGAACUUUGAGCUCUUAGCAGGAGAUUAAUAGAAAAUUCUGCAAGGUUUGUAGUACAUUUCCCUCCCAGCCCUUCCCUCUGCCCAGAAUAUUCUCUUUUAAUAAGCCUGCCUGGCUCACACAAGGUAAAAACCAUCUUUUUUUAAAGAAAUCUCUGUAAAAUGGUACUGUAUCUGAAAGAUGUUAGCUUUUGAACUAGUUGGUGUAUUUGUUAUUAGCACUAGUAUUCUUAAUCUCCAAGUCUACAGUGUGAUGAAAAUGUCAGAUGCUAUCAUCUUUUUACAUAAAAACAACAAAAAAAAUCCAAAAAAAUUCUCAUGUACUGUGGAUUGCUAACAUGCUUUUUUUUUAAAAUCUUGCUAGAGGCAUAGGCACCUGUUCAGGAAGGUCUUGAAGCAUGAAUUUAACUUUUAAGCACACAAGCAAUAGAAGUUGGUUGCAUUUCUUGGUUUUCCACUCAGAAGCUUCACUUUUCCUGGGGAUUCAUUGGGAAGAAAGGGAGCAAGGGACACACUCAAGUUUCUUGGGAAUGUUAUUUUUACCAUUAAACAGAUCAUUUCCAGGAAAUGGGAUGCUCUCUAUGAAAGUUUCCAUGGAAUUGUCAGGAGUUUUUUUUUUUUUGGCUGGGAGUUGUCAGCUGGAGCCUGGAGCGAUGCCCGCAGUGCCCAGCACGAGUCAUGUGCCCAUUGCUGGGCACAUCUUGGGCAUUUCCUCCAUGACAAACACCUCAGGCUGGGCUUAAAAUAAAGCAGCACUUGAGCUCCAGCUGAGGCUGAGCUGGCAGGGGAAGUGGAGAGGGAUUAUUUUGUGUGUGUUUGGGCUUUUUGCUUUUGAGUUUGCUUUGGUUUUUCUCCCUUCUCCUCAUAGGAGUGAGCUCCUAGAAAAGGGGAGUGCUCCUCCUGUGUCAGGCAGGGUUCAACUUCCAGGCACUGAAAUGUUUUACCUCAAUGAAAAGAAGAAAGAGGGGAGGGAGGAGAAAAAAAAAAAAGCUAAUUUUUUUAAAGCUUGCUAAUUUUUUUAAAGCUUGCUAUUUUUUUAAAGCUUGCUAUUUGUUUUUUCAGCCCAGCCUAAUGUUUUGAUCUGCACUGCUGCAAUACACCCUGGUUUCAGUGUCCCUAAUUUCAUGUAUAUACCAUGAUUUUAUUUAUUAAACACUAUUGGUCGUUUAAAAUAUAAUAAAAUCUUAACAAAAGCAAAGCUGAGGUUUUGCAGGCCAGCAGACAGGAAGACUUUUAAUGAGGUUUGAACCAGAUUAAAACAAACAACAAAGCAAAUAAAAAUCCACAACUUUAUUUAUAUACCUUGGACUUUCUACCUACAGGUGCUACAGUCCAGUCUCUCGUGUGUCUGGUGCUCUGUCAUGUUUGGUGUGUUCAUUUUUAGAUUUUUUUCCUUUUCUUCUCACCCCAGCUCCCUUUUUUCCUGUUUUGUACAGAUUUUGGAGGCAUACACUUCAAUACAAUUUUAUUUUCUCAGUGGUCUUUUUUCCUCCCCUCUUUUUUUGUUUUGGUAGAACAAUGGGGGUUUUAUCCUUUUCUAAUCCAAUUUUAGGGAAACACCAAUUCUAUAAUUAUAUCCAAUUUGUACUCUGAGGGGCAGAAGUUUUAUUGUAAAUUCUUUUUAUUGUAAAGAAAAAAAAAUGCACAGAAUUUAACAGAAAGUUCUGCCUUUCCAUCUCAAGCACCAGCCCCUAAAACUGCCUCUCCCCUGUGGGGUAGCCCAAAAAUUCACCUUCUGAGCUCUCCCAGUGGUGCAGAUUACUCCAGAUUUUAUUUUCCCUGCAGGUGAGUGGUCCUGGAGGCCCCUCAAGGCCUGCCCAGAUUUCCUUUCACAGCAAUUGAAAGAAAAAUGUUCUGAUUUUUACUAAAAUUCAUUAUUUUUCUUUUCCAUUAACAAUGGAGUUCUGCUUUUUAUUCAUGAUUUUUCUUUUCCAUUAACAAUGGAGUUCAGUUCUGAUUUUAUUUUAUUAUUUUUUUAAGUUCUGCCCUUACAAAACCUUCCCCCAGCCAGAUCCCUGGUAAUAUAUUUUCAGAAUUUACUAUGAGGAAAUGUAAUAUUCACCUAAUUAAGAGCUUGGGUUUCUUUUCAACGGGGUUGGGUUUCACCUGUGUUUCUCCUGUUGCCUGCGACUUGAAUGAUCAAAACCAUGGAAUAUUUUAAGGAAUAAUUGCAACCAAUUCACUGCCAUGGCUUUUGGAUAAACAAACUCCCAGUUUUCCCUUCCUGGGACCUUUUCCUGCCUGCUUGGCCCUGAGCUGUGGUGGGGAGGACAAACUGGAGGCGACACAGAAAAUCCUGGGAAUUUCAGCUCUGGCACCUGGAACAGCCCCUGGGACACACAGACAGCCCUCAGGGGGCUGCCCCACCAGAAUUCCUUGGAAAAGCUGGAGCCUGAGGGUUGAGAACCAGGUGGGAUGUGAUGGGAGAAGGCGUGGAGGAUCCUCCAUCCUGCAGGAGCAUCCCUGGAAAAUCUGCCAAGGCCACCACGGAAUGGGAACAAUGUGCUGCACAUCUCUGAUCCACCAGCUGCAACUUGGGCUUCCACUUCUUGGGAAAACUUUGCACGGAAAUUGAGGUGUUCCCAACCAAAUGGAGCGAGGAGAAAUCCAUUUUGGCAUGACUGAGGGAAGAAUUUGGUGACUCCUCCCUUCCAAAUGGUGUCCUCACACUUUUCCAUUCCCAGCUUGUUUGUAGUGCUCUUUAUCCCCACCAUGUCCAUGGGGGUGCCUCUUGUACAUCCUGAGUUUCUCCAGGAAAGAAAAGAUGUUUCCAGUCCAGAGUAAGUAGCAGCAGUCCUCAAUGAGCUGGGAACUGAAGCAACAGAGCAUUUAUUUAACUGGGUUUUAUUGCAUGACACGUCAGUCCAGAUGUCACAAAAUAACUUGGAAACCAUCAAACACACAACGUUUGAAGGACAUUUUUAAACUUAAGAAUAAAAAAGGAAAAAAAAAAAAGGAAAAAAAAAAUUAAAAUUUUUAUGGUAGAAUUUUUCUUGAAUGAACAAAGUUUAACUUUGUUUUCCAGGGGAAACUUCACUGAAAUCAGUAUGAUUUCAUAUGUAUGCAUACACACAGAGUUUUAUUGAAACUGCUUUUUUCGGACUAAUUCCUGUUUUGACAAAAUAUCUGACCAGACCUUUCUCAAUCAACCAGCAUUACUGCACCUUUAAAAAAAAAAAAAAAAACUUUGUGAACCUUUUCUCUGAUUGUAAACUCAGCCUGUCUCGUGGCUCAGUGGGACCAGAUGGAAUCCCCAUCCCAGCGAGCGAAGGAGUCUCAGCACACCCAACGUGUCAUCCACACAACAAAACCAUUGCAGCUCCUGUACUGGUGUGGUUUGAACCUUGCCUACCCCAGGCUGGCGAUGUGGGAGCGAUGUUUCAGGGCUGUGUCACUGCUGGCAGGGUGGUGACCCCCAAAAACACACACAAACAUCGUUUCUGUGUGUGGAAAUCCACAGCCCAGUUCCCCCUGAGCUCUCUUCCCUCUUCUCUGUGUGGUAGAAGCAGACUGCAGUUACCUAAUCGAGUUCUUUCUCUGCUUUGGGGACUUUUAGAGCAGUUUUUAAUUUUGAUUUUUUUUCCUUGUUUUGAAAGGAAUGAUUUUAUUUUUUUUUUUUUUAAAGCUGGGGUUGGAGCUGAGGGGAAGGGAUCGGGGCAUGACAAAGACAAACCACAACCUUUUUAGUACUGGAUUUUAAAUUCUCAGUCUCUUCUCAACCCUGAGCAGUUACCACUAGGGCUAACUGUGGGCAGGCUCUGCAUCAGUAAAGAGAAAUUUAGGAUUCCUUACACAGCAGCGUUAUCUUGCUUUGAGCUGCAUUUUGUAAAGAAAAUGGUAUUUGCAUAUCUUUUUAAAAUGUCAUUUUUAAAAAAUAAAUUAAACCACCAGCUAGGAUUUGACACAGGCCACUUAGAACACAGCCCUGAUACUGGCAUAACCAAUCCAGAAAGAUUUGUUGUUGUAUUUUUUUGUUUUGUUAUUUUGGGGUUUUUUUAAUAUUUAAAAAUAAAAAAGAAAUUGUUACUUUUCUGUAUGAUGUGCAUGCAAAUUUACCGUAACUCUUUUUCUUAAAACUUUUUAGUGCCAUUUCUAGUAUAUUCCUGUAAAUGUCAGUUAUUGAAAAGAAAUGAGUCAAUGUAAGUAGUUUAGCUUGUUUAUUGCAAAUUGCUGGCCUCAAACAAAACAGAAUUAAAAAAAAAAAAGAGUUAGAAAGUAAUCUUUGAUGUUACUGGUAAUCACGGACCCUGGUCCUGGGGCAUUCGUUUUGUUUUCAUAAUAAAAAGAAAAAUUGUUUGGUGUGUGCA